GUUUGGACUUGCCCGAACCUGUUUAGAGACGUUGUUUGAUGUCAGCGGAGCGACGGCCGUGUCCCCAGCGGAGAACUUUUUUUUUAUUUUUUUUUUUUUUUUUGUAGGCGGAUUACAAAAAUAAUAACAGCCGAAAAUGAGGAAGAAAAAAUUUUGAAAUUUUCGUCUCGCGUUUUAGUUUUUUUUUAAUCCACACGCCAUACCGUGUGGCAUGUUCACAUCCCGUUAUCGUGCUACUACACCGAUCGUUUUUUAGUGAUUAGUGAUAAAUAUUUUUCGCAUCUGUGCACGUCGGAAUCUUCGUAUAGAGUAAAGAAAAAUACGUAAUGUACAGUGCGUGGUCCUAAUAAAAUGGUACAGAUGUGUCCGUCGGAAAUUAUUGGUAUUUCGUCUUCUUUGCCAUCGGAUUUUCGACGUCGUCUACAUGCGGAUUUGACGGUCUGGUGAAUCGUAAACGAUAACAAACAAGUAACUAUCAUUUGUUGUUUUCAAAUACCUAUUCUAUUUAGUAUAUUAUCGGUUUUGGUCAUAGGCGUUGAUAUUUUAUCUUCACGUGGUCCGUCCAUUAUGACCUAAUAAACAUAUUAUCCGUGCCGUUGUAGUGCUGUGUGCCGGGUCUAGUCUUACAGAUAUUACCUACCUACGCGUUUAACAUUCGUUUGUUCAAUAAUGUUUUGGCAACAGGGUUUAUUUUAGAUUUUUGGGAAUAUUACUGUAUUGUGUCCUUUAGGUAUAUGUAUUACAAACAAAUGAGGCGAUUUCGACUCUUACACCAUGAGUCAUACAAAUGUAGAAGAAAACACAUUGUUGGAAAACGUUAGCUUAAGAUCAAGUGAAUAUUCUUUUAAUAAUAAUAAUCUGUUAUUAUUUUUCAUAUAUAAUAUCUUUAUAACAUUUAAAAAUGUUAUAGGUACAUACCUAUAUAUAUAUAUAUAUAUAUAUAUUGUAUAGGUACAUACAUUUAAAUUAUAAAGAAAACAAAAAUCAGGUACCAAAUGAAUAUUAGAAAUAAGAACUUAAUUGUAUAGAAUCUUAAGACAAGGUAGAUAGAAAUUCAUUGUUUUUUUUUUUCUAGGCCACCAUAUUACAGAUUUAUAAAUAUUCUCCUUUUAUUCAAAUAUGUCAAUAGUGUAUAACCUUAAAUACAUAAUUAGAUAUCUUCGCUAUCACUUCAAUGAUUUUGGUUUUAUCUUUCUUUGGUUAAAACUAAAAAAUAAUUUUACCUAAUCUUAAUGGCCUGUUAAAUAACUGGGUAAAUAAUACAAAUAUAACUUUGGGCACGAGUUAGAUAUUUUUACAUCAUUUAAAGUGUAAACAAAUACUAAUUUUAUUUUAAAUCAUAAAUAAUAAUAUCCACUUAGCAAAAUAUAGAUUUAUGUUUAAUAAUAAUAUAAUAAAUUUAAUACUAUAGAUACUAUCAAAUUAUACAUUUUUAAUUGAAAGUGAAUUCUUAUUAUGGAUACAAAUUGAUCCAGGUAAUGAUCAAUUAUUAGUUUAAAUGUGUGCACAUAGGAUAUAUUAUGUACACCUAUUUAAUUUCAAUCACAAUUUAAAAGUAGAUGCUUCAAUAAAUUAUUUUAUCUACCUAUAUGGCUAUAUCUACUUGGUGGGGUGAAUAUGUAUGUGUUUUAUUUAUAUAUUUGAUUGUUUAGAUCAGCGGAUCUGUACGCAAAUACAUUUUUUGAUAAGUGAAAAAAAAAGAUAAGUUAUAGUGUAGUUCAUUAAGCCGUUAAUAAUAAUAAAAAUUUAUUAAAUCCUUAUAAUUAUGAAAAUUUAAUAUAAAAGCUCUAUACUUUUAAAAUAACGUAUACAUUUUAAUUUUUGAUUAGUAAAAAUAAAAAAGUUAAUAACUAUGACAAAAAUUUCAAAAUGUUUAACUUGUACUCUUGAUAGGAAAAAGUUUAGGAUCGCUUAUUCUUAUUAUAUAUAUCUAAGAAACAUUGCAUUUAUUUUUAAGGUUUUUUAAUAAUUAUCUAUUGCAGCGUUCCCCAAACUUUUUUUCCGUCGGACCCCUUAGAGAUAGUAAAAAUGAUCGCGGACCCCUCCCCCNAUAUAUGCGGACCUCUAGGGGUCCGCGGACCACAGUUUGGGAAACGCUGAUCUAUUGCAUGUCUCAAUGGUUUAAUACCUAAUUUCAUUAAAAAUUACGCCAAAAUUAACUUUACAAUCAUAAAAUUUCAUACAAACAUUUCUAGUACCAAACAGUACUAGUGUUGUUAUAAGAAUCCUCUGAUUUAAUUAUAUGCUAUCUACCUGUUAUAUGAGACUACAUUGAAAAGGUUUCAAAAAUAUAUAGGUAAGUUUUAUUUUUUAUGUAGCUAAAAAUAUGUUAAUUUUGCUUUAUUGUUUUGUUUAGAACUCAUUAAAUCACUAUAAUUAUUUUCUGUAAUGCAAAAUAUAAAUCAUUUUCUUAAUAUUCAAGUUUUAAAUCCAGUGACAACAAUAAUCUGAUACACAUCCAAUAAAAUAAGUGCUUAAUUUUUUAAUACCGGUAUAUUUACAAUAAUUUGUUUUACGAAAUAGAAUAGCUCAAUAUUUCUGUUACUUAAAUUGAAUAGUUAUCAUAGAGAAUAGAAAAAAGUCCAUAAAAGUGUCAGCUGUGUUCCUAAAUAUUAAUACAAAUUUAACAAUUUCUGAUUAUUUCGAAAUGUAUAUCUAUCUAGUUUUUAUUGUGAAAUUUGGCGUAUUGAUAUUAUUUUUAGUUAUUUUUUAUUCAUAAAUUGGUAUUUUUGGGGUUUUUUUCUUUGUAUCUAACUAGUAAAAAUUAAUAUGCGAUUAUUAAAUUUUAAUAUUCUUCCACGCAAUUUAAAUUAAUUUCCAGUUUACUACCAUACAGAUAUUUAGGUAUUUACGAAAAUAAAUAUUUUAUAAAAAUAAAGUCACAUAAAAUGUAUGAUUUAUAACUUGUUGUUAAUUUAAAUGUUGACUGAUAAGAUUACAUAUCAGGCUACAGUUCUAUGACUUGCUAAAAAAAUUAUUUAUAGCUACAAAACUCCAAAGAAAGACGUAUCUACCUAAAUCCUAGAUUAAAAAAUACACAGUUUAUUGAAAGUAACGUAAAAUAUAUCUGACACCUAUGUCAUACCAUAUGCUUAUAUUUACCGUCUCAGCACUAACUAACCGACAAAAUACUUAUAAUUACUUUACUAGGAAUAUGAUUGCCAUAUUAUUUUUCAAUUGAUUAUAAAUACUGUUUCAUUUAUAAUCAAUGGUUACUAUGUUACAUGUGUUGUAGGAAUGCAGUAAAAAUAACAUAAUUUAAUAUUUUAUGGUCACCACCUAACAACUUUUAAACUUAGAUUAAAUUAAAAACAAAAUUACCAUUAGCACUAUCCACCAUUUUGUAAGAUAUAAUUUAUAGAACACAUGUGUGUGAACGAAUUCCCGAUUGUAUAAAAAUAAUGUUAUUGCUACUUAUGUCCAUUACAUAUUCAUAUUUUGUUUUUUUCCAUAGUUAAAACACAAACUUUGUUGAUAAUGUAGAUACUUACUUAUUUAAAUUUAAACCAGAGUUAAUUAAAGUAUAGCUAUUGCCUUGUUUCUGUAUGUUUAAAUAUGUUUUAAGGCAUUGAUAACAAUUGUUGUUUAAAUAUUGUAUGUACCUGUGGUGCUUAAUGUCAAUUAACUUUAAACAACAUUUUUUCUUAUACAAAAUCACAUCAUAUAUUUAAUUAAAUUAUCCUAAUUAUUUAAUAACACUGAUGGAAUAUAAAAUAAUUGUUUUAUAAAUGCAUAAUAUUUGAUAACCUUUACAUUUUGUAAUUCAAUUUGUAGGUAGGUAUUUUAAUAUAUUAUAACAACAUUUUUCUUACCUAAUGUUAAUCUGUCAAUUGUAUUUGUGUACUUAUAUUUAAUUAUACCAUCAAAUGAUUAUUAUAAUAAAAACUAAACAUUUUUGUUGAUUUUUUUUAUCGCCAAGUAGUGUAUAUAGACUAAGUGAUAAAUAAGAAAAUUAUAAAAUUACUGAUUCAUUGUUACCUAUACAAAUAUAAGUACUUGCAUUAUUAAUACGUUUUAAUACAUAUUAAGUAGGUGUAGGCACAUGUCUAAAUAGUAUGUAAUAAUAUUAAUUUUAUACUCAAAAAAUACAUUCCUCUUAAUUUUACAAAAAUUUUAUUCUUUUUUGAUAUUUAAGAAUUAUCUUGACACCAGCAGUAUAUUAUUGCUAUUAUUUAGGUAGUUGAAUAAUUUGUAAAUCCCGACCACUCUAUUUAAUAAUAGUGAAUUACAAUUACCAUGCCUAGAUAUAUAUUUAUAUGUAGUUCCACACUUAAUAUUUUAUUUGAAGAAUUGUGUGACCAAUAAAAACAAUUUCUUUCAAAAAUACUAAAUAUUAUUUUAUUUGUAGGCCUUUUCCAGUGUGUAAUAUGACAUAUUACUUAUUAUACUUCAUAUACUUAAUGAUCAAUUUUAGUUGAAAUGUACUUAUUAUAAUAAGUUAUCAUAAUUAAUUUGUUAAUAUUUGAUUGAUUGAUUGUUAUACCCAAAAAAAUAAAUAUAUUGCAUUUAAGUUAAAUGUACCUAUAUUUCAAGUUUUUAUUUUAUUUAAUUAUUCACGAAGUACUAGUAUUAACUUAUUAAGUAAUUAUUAAGGGUUGAAUAUAACUUUUUAAAUCUUAUUUCAUAAUAAAAUUUAAAUACUUGUUUAUUCUCAAAAAUAAUACUGUUUCUAAGUAGAUAAUCAUAAUUUGUUAGUUAUAUUUAUCGGCAUAAUUAAUAAUUGAUGAGACAUAAUUUUGGCACAUUACAUACUAUACUCUAUUUACCGUAAGUUGACCCACUUGCUCGAUAAAAACCCCUCGAAAAAAUCCCCCCCCAAAAAAACCUCUGUAUGCACGGUCACGGCGGCAGUUUGCUGCCUACUACGACGAGCAACAACAAUCGUCAAAUACCGCUGACCAAUCACAGAUUACGGUGGCUCAGUAAACAUGCGCGGAAGCGAGUCAACUUACGGAACUUACGGCGAAUAGAGUAUAACAUUAUUAAUUUCUGAUAGUAUUAAUUCAAAAUUAAAUGUGUAUAAAUCAAUUCUACAUACAUAUGUAGUAAAAGUCCUAAAAAUAGAAUAAAUAAAUAAAUUACAUAUGUAUAGAUAAAUAGGUACUGAAUGGAGUUUAAAAAUGUUUGAUUUUUUUUAUUUAUUGUUGGUUAAAUUAUAAAAGUAUUAAUUAUUAUUUAUUAUAUUAUAAUUUUUAAGGAUCGCACAUAAUACAUGGUGGAAAUAAUAUGCAAUAAAAAACUGAUAAAUUAAUAAUAGCUUAAUAGCUUUUGUAAUUAAUAUAUUAUUUUUGUUCAACUGUUUAUAAUAAUCAGGGUUGAUAAUAAACUUCUAUAAGCUUAAACACAAUUUUAUUUACUAUUCUAUUUUAAUAAAAAUAUUAAUAUCUAUUUAUAUACUUGUAAUUUACAAUUGUAUUUUUAUUACUAUCAAAAAGAAAAUAAUGCAUAUGUAUCAAAUAAAUAGAUAAGAUUUGGAAUAUUUAAGUAAAUUAUAAUUUAUUUUAGAUGAGCAUAAGCAUAUUCAGACUAACGUGUAGGACAGGUAGCCAUGUGCUCAGAACUAGUCUAUGCAGGGGUUAUUUGAACUAUUUAUAGUAAUGUGCAAUAGAAUUCCAAAUUUAUCAUAUUAAAAUUGUUCGAAUAAUAUAACUUUGUAUUGUAAAAUUUAAAUUAUUCAUGGGAUAAUUUGUAGACUUUAAGUUCCAGUUGGUUCUUAUUAUAUAACGAAGAUAAUAACAAUGUAUAAUUAAUAAAAUAAUGCUUAGAGCUAUACUUAAAUUUAAUUUAGCGCUGUGUACAAGUUAUAACAAUGUAAUAGAUUUAAUAACUAAUUUUAUUUGUACGCUUAUAUAUGGCGCAUAUUUGAUGAUCUUUGUUUUGGUGGUAGGGGUUCAUCGUGUUGGCAGUAUUUAAAUGUUUAAUCGUUCAUGCACGAAUUGGUGUACUCUUAUUUUGAAUAUAGUAUAAAUCUAAUUAUAUUACCUAGUUAUUAAUUGAUUUUUUUUGUUUUAUAUAUUUAAGUCUAAUUUUGUUAUCCUAUUUUAAUUUUUUUUUAUGUAAGUUUGAGAUUGCUUUAUAAUAUUUUUUAAGAUUAUUUGUUUGUUUGAUGAUAAAUAUUACAAAAUUGUUUAACAUAACCAAAUGUAUUAUUUAUAUUUUAGUGGCAAACAAAGAGCUUUGGUCCAGUUAAAACUGUUAUGGAAGCUGUACAACAGACAGUAAUACAACUGGACCGUGCUGCCAUGCCUUCUCAAGCUCAAAUGGCUUAUUCUCAAAGAAAUCCUCAAAUUCACGGGUACUUAAACACUAAGUUUUAAUUACUAAUUUUAUUGCUAAAUUCUUUAGUAAUUAUUCAAUUCUUGAACUUUAUUCCUAAUUUUCACUUUCAAAAAGUAUUAGUACAAAAUGUUCUGUUAUUAUGCUAUAAGGAUACAUUUAUGUUUUAUCUUAUUAGUUUUAAGUCAUCAAAUAAUUUUUGUUUAAAUAAGGACUGAACUUGCUUAUUAAGUUAGAUUUCCCAUUAAAUUUAUUACUCACCAAUGAAUACUAACUGAAUAAUAAAGUGAAAGUAGAAAAAAAGUACAUUUUAUAUAUACACUAUGUGUCCCUAGAAAAAGGGUCCACUUUACCACUCAUUACUCUGUUUUUGUUGCGCAUGCUCAAAAUACAAGAGUUAAACAAAUUGUAAGUCGUAAGACUUUAAGAUCCAUUAGUCUAGUACUCUAGUUUAAUGUCCAGAAAACAGAAUUGAAUAAUAUUUAUAGGGUUAUGAAAGGUAAAGUGAAUCCUGUUUCAGCGGGACACAUGGUAUAUAUAAAGGUUUACGAGUCAUUUAUAAUUGAAAUAUAAUUUGAUAAUUUCAAAAAAAACCUUAUCUUUAAUACUUUCAAACUAUUUUUAAUUAGCUUAAACUAAUAUAUUUAUUAAUAAUUAUUAAUUAGGCAUAGCUGUGUAUAAUUUUAUUUGAAAGUACCUAUUUAAUAAUUUAUGUGUUGUAAAUUAUAAUUAAUUGUCAACCAUUUUUUUUUUCUAGACGAAAUAAUAACCAUGGUGUGGUACAAGUACCAGGAGAGAAUGGGCCUUACAAGCCAUCAUCUGCUGGUACUGGCCCAGUUCAUAAUAAUUUUGGGUACCCGGGUAAUGUAAGAUAUGUGUCUCAACCUGUUUAUAUGUCAGGUACAACUACUACAUCAAAUGCCUAUAGAGAUGCACCAUUUCAUUCUAGAGCAUUAAAUGUAAGUUGUGAAACAUAAACAUGUGCUCAUGUUUAUUAUAUUGUUUAUAUUUUAUAAAUGUAAAUAAUUUAUAUUAUUGAUUAUAUUAUAAUAUGUUUUAGCCAUUAGAGAAAACUUAAUAUUUUUGUAAACAUCUCAAGCUAUUUAAUAAUAUGUAGCCUGUUCAAGUUAUUUAAUUUUUCUGGAAACAAGCUGCCAUUUUUAUUAACUAAUUAUUUUAAUGGCUUUUAAUAUAUAUAAUACAUAUAAACAUAAUAAUAUAAAUGUAUACAACGAUAUUAUUUAGGUUAGUAAUGUUUUAAUAUUUUCAUGUUUUUAAGAUACCUGAUAGAGGAGUUACAAUUGGUGUUCCUUUUGAAUUAACUAGAAGUGAUAUGAUGCCUACUGUAGCCAGGCAAAAUCGUAUAUCUUUGUUGUCAGGAACAAGUGAUUAUUAUCAACGAAGUCGUUUACAGUAAGUUAAAAUGAAUGACAUCUAUAUUUAGUGUUUAUAAUGUAAAUUAUUAUAAUUUUAAAACAAUGUUAUUUUUAGAAUGGAACAUUAUCGAGAUGAAUCAUUGAACCAUAAUUCACAUAAUACAGUUUCUAUGAACUUUAUGAGGGAAAGACCAGAUCAUGGUCCUCCGCCACCUUUGAAGAAACCAAAAUUACUUCAUCCAGUUUCUCCUCAACCUCCUCUUAAAAUUGAUAUAUCUGUAAGUAUCAAAUUUUCCUAUAUAAAAAAUUAUUUUGCAUAUUAUAAUAAUUUAAGUUAAAUAUUAAACCAUCUCUAGGAUCCUCCUUCUACAAGUGCAUACAAUCCUCAAGUAGAAGCUAUUUCCCCUACAAUUGAUGAACCCACCACUGAAGCAAAAAAAGUUAAUGAUAUUGCUCCAAAAUUAAAUAAAAUUGAGAGUGAUAUCAAUAAUAUAACUCAAGAAAUUGAAGAUUUGAUCAAGUUAAAAGUAAAAAUAAACUUAAAAUUUUAUGAUUGUGAUAUGUAUUAAUAUAUAUAUAUAUAUUAAUAACAUAAUAUAUUAAUUUAAAAUAUAUUUUAUAGGAAAAUUACGAACAAAAAGAAUUAAAUUCUGAAGUUGUUAAGGUAGAACCUGAAGAAGAUACAAAAAAAGAAUGUGAAGAAGAAGAUAUAAUGGUUCAUUUGACUCCAGUUCAGCGAAUUUAUGCAUCCAACAGGGUAUAUUUGAUUUUAUUUUAAAAUGUAUUUUCACUAACAAAAAAGUAAACAGUGUAGACAGAAAUUUUUAAGAACUUAUGUUAAAAAUUAAUUUUUAGAAAAAAGCAUACGAAUCCAGAAUGAGUUUAGAAAUAUUUGCCAACAAGACCGAUCUUGUAAGUAUAUUAUUAUUACUAUCAAUUACAUAUAUGAUUAUCACGAAAAUAAAUAUUAGAAUUAUAUUGAAAUAAAUUAUAUUGCUAAUUUACCUAACAAAAAUUCUAUUUAUUCAUAUUUAUUUAUAUUCUAUUCUGAUUUCAUAUUCAAAUAUAUUUUUAUAUUUUUGUCUAAGUUAUAUAAUUUAAUGGCAGAAAAUGACAACAAUUACAUUAUUCUUUUGAUUUACAGCCUUUGUAUAACCAACCAUCAGAUGCUGAUAUUUAUCACGAAAAUAGAAGAAAGUAAGAAUUUGUGUUACUUCAUAGAUAAAUUAAUUUUUUACAAUAUUUUUGCAAUUUUCCUUUUUUAAUGGUUAAACUAUUGAUUGCUAUGAUAUUCUUCUUUAAUGUUAAUUAAGUAUUAUGUUUUCUUGUGGUAUUAAGUUUUCUGAGAAAAUGGUUGUUUUAUAAUUUAAAUGUAUCCACACAGUGAUUGAUCUAUCGUAAAAUAUUAACUCUAAAAGUAAUCAUUACCUAACUUUGGUUUUCAAAUAGUGACCUAUAUUAAAAUGUACAUGUAUAGAUAUAGUAUUAAUUUAAAUAAAUUUUGAUAUUAAGAUUUUUGGUUUCUGUCAAUCAGUUAAGAAGAUAUUCCAUUUAUAAGUUUGGGUCGAGUAGAGUAGUAGCUGAGGUACAGCACCCAGCUUUUUAAUAAUAAUAAUCCACCACUCUCCUGACUCAAACUCAAAAAUGGAAUGUUUCGUUAACUGAUUGACCAAAAUCAAACAUUUUAAUACCAAAAUUAAUUUAAAUUAAUACUAAAUUUAUACAUAGACUUUUUAAUAUGUAGGUAACCAUUUAAAAAUUAAAAGUAGAUAGUGAUUUUACUCUCAAAAAUAAUGGUGACAAAAAUAACAAAUGUAAAAUUGUAGAGCAGCCUGUUUCUUAAAUCUUUUGGUUAUUCCAAAAUACUUUCUGAGAUUAGAGUAUCUUUGAUAGGUCACUGUAUAUAAUAAUUUUGUAUCAUCACAAAUUUCAUAUGUUUUACUUAUAAAUGUUUAUUUCUUUUUUGAAUAAUAAUAAUUUUAUAUCUCAUAUAUCGUUAAUGUUAUAUUUAAUGUUUUAUUUUCUAUUAUUAGAUAUUCAUUAUUUAAGUCAAGACUAUUGGAGCAUUUAAGGAAAAAGAAAAUGGAACAACAGCAAAAGAAAACCGAAAUAACUGAUACUUAUUCAAAAUUGUAUAAAGAUUGGAUACGCAGAGUUGAAAAAAUUGAAAGCUCACAAAAACGAAAAGCAAAAGAAGCUAAACAUAGAGAACUAUUUGAGAAGGUGUUCCCAGAAUUAAGAAAGGCGCGUGAAGAUAAAGAAAGGUUUAACAGAGUUGGUGCUCGUAUUAAAAGUGAAGCAGACCUAGAAGAGAUAAUGGACAGUUUACAAGAACAAGAAGUAUAUUUAUGAGAUAGUUGUAUUAUUAUUAUGUUUUGUAUUUAUUUUUUUUUUUUUUUUUAAUUUAGAUGGAAGAUAAAAAAAUGAGGUCUUAUGCAGUUAUUCCUCCACUUAUGCUAGAUCCACAUGAACGACAUUUAACAUAUUUGAAUAAUAAUGGACUUGUAUUAGAUUAUAAAACAGAAUUUAAUGAAAGAAAGUAUGUUAAUAUUUGGACACAGCCAGAAAAAGAUGUUUUUAGAGAUCGUUUUAUUGCUCAUCCUAAAAAUUUUGGCGCGAUUGCAUCUUAUCUUGAUAAAAAAUGUCCUUCGGAUUGUGUACAAUAUUAUUAUCUCAGUAAACCCAAAGAAGAGUACAAAAGACUAUUAAGUAAGCAUUGUAAAAAAAUUGAAAAUAAGUAUGAAAUUAUGUAAACAUUUUAUUUUGUUAAGGAAAAGCUAAGUGGCAGGCAAGACGUCGUACUGCUCAACGAACACCUGCUAGUAGUUCAUUGAAUUCAUUAGACAUAUUAAAUUCAACUUCUAUUGGAGUAACUACUAGACUUCAACGAGAGCGCCAAGGUAGUGAAGCAGCAUCAUCAAAUUUAGCGCAAGCUUCUGCAGCUCAAAAUGCAAUUCCUGAAAAUGAAGAGCUUCCUGCAUGUACAGAAAUAUCUGUUGGCACUGAACAAGGUGCUAAUAAUAAUGAAGUUGACAAUACACAAGCUAGUAAAGAUCAAAGCAUUGAAUCUGUUAAAAAUUUAAUACAAGCAUCUGCUGCACCACAUACAAGGUAAAUAAAGAGUAAAUAUUAUAAUUUAUAUAAGUAAUUUAAAACUUAAAAAAUUACAGUUUUAGUUAAUGAAAGGGUAUAUGAAAUAAGUAAAGCUGAUGUUAAUAAUAUGGUAAUGGUUAGGGAUUUAUUAUUUCUUAAAUAAAAAUUAUCAUAAUAAGCACAUCAAUAAUUCAUUAAAUAUUUAAUUAAAUAUAAUUUAUAUUAAAUACUAUUUAUGUUCAAAUGUAGUAACUAUAAUAUAACUUACAUCUAGUAUUUUUAAGUACAAUUAUAAAAUACAAACGAAUAAAAUUACACAUGUUUAAAUUUUCUCAAUUAUUUGCAUGUACAAAGUAUUUUUCUAAUACAAAUUAUAGCUUAAUAUUAAUACAUUAUAAUUAACUGUAAUGAUAGUACAAUUUAAUAUUUAACAUUUAUUUAUUUUUAUUGAGUAUUUAUGAGUAUUCAGUAAAAUUCAGUUUAAUAGAUAAAUGUUUAUGAUAAAUUAUUUUUAGUGAAUUAAAAUCUGAGUCAAAAAAGAAAGAAAGACGGAAAGAUGAUAAACUAAAAGGAGAAAAUACAAGUACAAGUACAGAUGAAGAAUUAAUGGAUUCUCAGCGUAAGUUAUAUUUUUAUUAAAAGUUAAUACUGCAAAAAAUGGCGUUAUAAUUUAAUGAUUAAAAUUAAAGCAAAUUGGAGAUUUAAAGGCGUGUGGUUAAAAAACAAUAGCAUAUUUCUGCGACUGACAUUAUUGUUUAUUAAUUUACAAAAAAUAAUAAAACAAAUUUAAAGUUUAUUUAUUUUGCAGUAUUUUCUAUGUUUAUGAACAAAAUAAUAGCUUGGAAAUUUUGAUCCACAUUGUCUACAUGGAUAAUAUUGAAUUGAAGAAUUAUUUUUUUUAUCCAAUUUAUUAUUAUUCAUCAAAUUUAAAUUUAAGUGUCUAUUAACAUGUUUUUCAUAACAAUACUUACUUUUAAAUGGAUGAUUGCAGUAUUCACAGUUAUAUGUUUGUUUUAGUGUUGAUUUCCUUUCUUCUUCACCUUUGUAAUUUUCAUUUAGUACUCUGUAAAAUUUUACUGGUCCGUCACAACUUGCUAUAUCCAAAAUAACAUUUUCUUUUCUCAUUGGUGGCUUGAAAUUUGAUUUUUCUGAUAUUUUUAAUGUUCUGUUUUCAUUUGGUUUUUGUAUUACUGUACCAUUUAUUAGUGAUGGUAGUUUAGCUAUUGGCUUUAUUAUAUUUUGAUCUUGAGUUAUUAAAAAUGAACGGCAUACAUCUGAUGCUUGUGGCAUAUGAAGAGUAUGAGUUGCUAAAAGAACAGAGUGUAUGUUGUUAUUAUUUAGUUUAAGCACUCCAGUAUAAAUGUAUGAUAAUAUUAUUGAAAAAGUAUCAUCUGUAAUAUUUGGAAGAAAUAUUUUAUUUGUAUCACAAUUAGAUAAUGAUCUAAAGUAACCACUGUAUUGUGCAAGUAGCUCUCGGUGAGAUAAAAAAGCACGUAAUCUGUUAUUUAAGGACAUCACAUACACAGUUAUAUCAGGUGGCAUAAAACGAUACAUGAUCGUAUCGUUAUAAAACUGAUGAAAUAAUGAUGGUUGUUAAAAUAUUCAUUGUGGUUUAGUCUGGGCCUUAUUGGUUGACGAAGGGCGCUCUCUUUAGCAUCUCUUCCGGUCCGUUUAAUUUUAAUUCAUUUCAUAACUAUUUCACGUUCUGGCAAUAUUUGCUAUCUCGUUAUCCAUGUACCCUUUAUUUACUUCCUUUUCCCAUGAGUAUUUCCUUUAACCUUUAAUUAAUUACUGUAUUUAAAUUAUUGUAUUAAUCAUUUAAAAAUAAAUGUAACAUGAUUUGAUGUUCAGGAAAAUAUAAAAUAUAUAUAUAUACAUUUAAAUAAAUUUCGAGCAGACAAUAGUACAUUUACUUUAUAAAUAUAAUAUGUACCAAAUGAUAAUGUAUGCAUUUAUUGAGAGUACUUUUAUAAAGUAUAUUUUAAAUUUAAUUCAAGUAUUUUUGUGCUAAGUCUCAUGAAAUUUAGUUAUAUUAAUUAAGAUGAAUUAUCUUUAAAAUAUUUCCAAAAGUUAAAUUUUCCUUAUUUUAUUUAAAAGCAAUUUAAUUAUGAAGUUAUAUUCAAAUUUAUAAUUUAUUUAUAGUGUAUUACAUUUAAGUAUAAAUAUUUAAUAAGACAAGAAUCCAAUAAAAGCAUUAUAUUUAAUUAAUUAAAUAAUUUAUGUAACUAAGUUAAUAAUUAUGUAUCAGCAAAAAUUUUAAAUUAAUAUUAUCAUGAUUCAUGAUGAAAAACUAAAAUAAACUUGAAAAAAAAAAGAAGUGAAAUAUUAUUUAGUAUUUACCAACCAAUUUAUACGCUUCAAUUAACUUUAUUCCCUCUGGAGUAUGAGAAGUUUGCUGUUCAUCAAUUAUGUACAGCUAACACAAUGGUCGGGGUUGGAUUGUAUUCCAUGUUCCCAAGAGAAUUUAUGGAACUGCUUACUACAUCAGUUAUUAAGUUAUUAAAAAAUAAAUUAUUUGUAUUUUAAUGUGCUCUUUUAGGUAUUUGAAUAUUUAAAAGAUACAGACAAAAUUGGAAUAAUUAUUUAUAAGAAAAAUAUUUAUUUUGUUUUAAACUUAUAAAUCGGUACUAACUCAAUAAUUAAUCAUUAGCAUUAUUUAUAAAUUACUUUAUAUUUUAGAUUCUGAGUGGCGCGGGGAGUGCAUUAGUUUUACAAUGUUUAUUUUUUGGGGGGUUUUAUUUUUAUGUGAACACUUUCUACCACAAAGCAUAUUCCGAUUAUCAAGUAUAGCAUCUUUUCUGAAAGGAAAUGUUCUCUAGGUGGUACUUAAAUGAGGUCAUUUUUUGAAAUUCUCAUUAAUAUUGGAGACAAUGAGAAAAACCUCGGUCAUUAGGUUGAAAAAGAUUAAAAGAUUAAAAAUAAGGCUGUCAUUGGCACCUGUUUUUAUUUAUUUUUUGUUAUUAUUAAGUUUUUACUAUUUUAAUCUUUUUUAAACAAUCAUUGUUACUAUGGAACAUUGUUGUAAUCAUUUUACCAUAAUAUGAUAUAUAAACUUAAUUGUAUUGUUGACAAAGCAACACUAUUAACUGAACUCCGCUCAGAUUUUUUUUUCGCACAGAUGUACAUUAAAUUACCAUCUGUAUCCUAUCUUCCCAAUUUCCCACCUACAACACCUACAUUGUUGAGAUUGUUUUUUGAUUUAAUUUUGUUAAUGAGAAAAAACCGAAAAAUUUUAAUAUUUGUUGUUAUUUUUUUUCUUUUUUUUGCUAUAAUUUGGUUAGACAUAUUACUUAUUUCUUCAAGAAACUGGACAUUUCCACUGAAUACUUUAUUUAUACUUUCUAGACAUGGUGUAAUGAUCAAAUGAUCAAAACAUUCUGAACCAUUUAUCACCAUUGAAAAUUGCUUAGUUUUUAUUUAGGAUUUUGUGGAUCCAAUUGUUUUGACUCGGCUAAUAUGUUUGUAAAUUUAACAUGAGUUUCAUCAUAAAUUGUACUUGGUGAUAAAAAAAAAAAGUUGAGUUUAAUGUAAUUUUUUUUUUAUAAUUGUUUAAAUUUAGAAUCAAUUUAGAUAAAUAACAAUUUAUCGUUGUGUACAGAUAUAAAUUAAAUUACUAGUUAUCCUACCUUCCAAACUUCUUCUCGAUUACAGUUUUACACCUAUCAUCAUUAUCAGCUCUUUUUAUAAUACAGUGAAACCUGUCUUUAACGUACAAAAUAAUAAGGUCCCUCCUGAAAGAUAUUAAUUUCGUUGUAUUUCGACCUGUCUAUAAUGGACUCUUUCUAUUACAGACACUGACAUUAAUAUUUUUGCCAAUAACCUUGAUUAUGGAUAAUUAUCUUACUUCAAAAUAUAUAACGUGUACAUACAUAUCACACAACAGCGUCGCCAGUCUAUUUCGAAUACUGAUUAUGACAGAUAUCAUGUUUGAGGUAAUAAGUUUAAAAUUAAUUAUGAGGAUGAAAAUAACCAAAAUCACGUAUAAAACAUAAAUUCUGUUCAGUGUUACGAUAUUAUUAUAGUGUUGUACAUUUUUCUCUAUCCUUUUUAAUUUUUUCUUUACAAUGCUACCUCCUAUAUUUGUCUAUAACAGAUAUUUUUUAUGGUCCUGCAACUGUCCGUUAUAUACAGGUUUCACUGUAUAUUUAUUUAUUAUUUUCCAUUUUUUUUUUCUGUUCACUUUACUUAUUUGAUAAGGUUUUUUAUCACAUUUUUAUUAAAAUGUAAUAUUAUCCCCAAACAAUUCAAUUUUUUUUUUUUGAAAUGCAUCUCAUCUACAACUUUUUACUUUAGUUUAUUAGUAACUUUUUGAUUUCAUUAUGCUAAACGUGUGUGUUUAUUUUUUACAUUUUUAAUUCAUAUAAUUUGUUUGGUAUGUCUGUAUGAGUACAAGUACCAACUACAUUAAUACCUAAAUUCUAUAUUUGACAUUCAAAUUAAAAUGUGUUAUUAAUUGAACAAAUGUUUAAGCAUUUUUGCUGAGUAAUACAUAGUUUAUUAUACCAAUUUGACAUAAAUAAAUUAUUAUUCAAUUCAAUUUGAUUAAAAGUUAUUAAUAUGUCUAUGGGCAUGCAUUUUUCAUUAUUAUUUUAAUCAGUCUUGUUAUGAUAAUUUCAUUUUAAAUAACUCAAUAUUUUCAUUUAUUUUAGUAAAUUAAUAUAAUUUAUACUACACAAUAUAAUUUAUAAUCUUAUUAUGUUUAAAGAAAUAAAUUGUAUUCAUUGUAUAUUAAAAUAUAAUUUUUUUUCAUUUUGUAACAUUAUAAUAAAUAACAAUAAAUCUAAUGAAUUUAUAAAUUUGUCUGGUGCACUUAAAAUAAUAAUUGUUUACAAGUAAUACAUUCUACUAUUGACAUGAUGUUAUAGAUGAGACUGGGUCAAAAGGAGAUGUACCUAAAGGUGUUUGUGCUGUUUGUAAAUCAGAAAAUGUAGCAUGCCCUAGAACUCUUAAUCCUUCAGAUGCAGCUCAAUAUGGUGUUAAGCCAGAAGAUAUUACUCCCGGAGCUCGAGUUUGUAAUACUUGUCGUUGCAAAGUUGUUAGAUCCCAAAAUCGCCGUGUUAUAUAUUGUCCACUACCAUCCUGCCCUACUGUUCAGUCCAAUAGUAGAAGACCCGUUAAAAGAUUGCGUCCAUUACCCGCUAAGUGGAAUACAGCUCAAGAUAUUAUAGCUUCAGAAUUUCGUAAGUAGUUAAAUUAAUUUUUUUUUUAGAUAUGUUUAUUAAUAUUUUAAUUUUAUCUUUGUUUUUAGAAAUCGGUCCUACCACAACAAAAUGUUGUUCAGCUUGUUUUAAUCGUAUCCAAAGACGAUUAAUGGCACUUGGUGUAGUUGGUACUUCAAACACAAUAAGUGCUGAUACUUUGGAUGGGUGGACUGAUGAAGAAACUAACGCCUUAAAGAAAGGAAUUCGUGAGCAUGGCACUCGUUGGAGUGAAAUAAGCAAAUUAAUUGGACCAAAUAAAAGUCAUUAUCAAUGCAAAGAGUUUUAUUUUAGUUUUAGAAAAAAAUUGGGUUUAGACCUCUUAGUACAAGAAUAUAAAAAGGUAUACUAUUUAAAAUAUUUAUCAAAAUUAAAAAUCAAAACGAAGAAUAUUUAAUUUAUAUAAAGAUAAUAUUUAAUUUAUCUAUUUAGACAAAUGGCAGUGAACAAAAACCUGCUUUAACAGACGAAGAAGAGUCUGGGUCAAGUACUUCAAGCUGUGAUGAAACUAUUCUAGUAUUAUGUGAUAGUGAUACUCAAAGUGCACCUUCACCAACAAACACUUUACCUCAAACAUCCCCUACACGAGAUACUACUAGUCCAUCACAAGUCAAAUUGACAACUAAAGAGACUCAGAUAGAUAAUGAAAAUAAUAUUCGUUCAACUGCUGUGAAAGAAGAUUAUGAUAGUUCAGCUACUGAAACUGCAGAUGAAGGCACUGGAGGUACUGCUGAAAAUGAGUCAAAUGUAUUACAGUUGCAACAUUCCAAUAGUGAAACUGAGAAAAAAGAAAAAAUUGUAUCUGAUUUAAGUGUGUCAGAUAUUUUGUCUGAUGUAAUCGAAAAACAAUUUACUAAAGAACAUUCUAACCGAGAAGUAAGAAGGUUUAUCUAAUUAAUCUUGUCUUUAUUAAUUAUAUAAUUUUUAUUUUUUUUUUUCAAUAGAAGGAGAAUGGUUCCAUGCCUACUAUAUCAUCUAUACUUCUAGAUCCAGAGUAUCCAAUUAAAGAUAGAAAUACUGUAUCUAAUAAUAAUGAAAACAAACAGCAAUCAAUGGCUACAAUAUCAGUUGUCCCUCCACCACCUAGAGAACUGCAUAACAAAGAUGGAUUAGUAGUAGUUCAAGUACAAUCUUCUAAAAUAUCUGAUGUUAGAAUUCCUGAGGGUGUAACUCUUGAUUUAAGUAUUAAAAGACCGAGAGAUGGAAAUUCUUAUUCUGAUCCACCUCCUAUUAAACAUGCUCAACCGCCGCCACCGCCACCUGGUGCAAUGUAUAGAACACCUCCGACUCAAAUUCACGACACAAAUACAUUUUAUUCUCCACAGGUAAAUUUUUUUUAAAAGCCUAGAUAAUCAUAAUCCUAGAGUCGCAGUUAUAUUAUCUUUUGUUUUUUAAGUAUGCUGAGUUAGGACGAAGUGGCAAGCAAGGUGAAAUAUAUUGGACUAAAAUAUCACCUGCAAAUAAUCACGUUAUGGUUCAUUCACCCCAAUCUGUUCCCCAUGUGACUGUUAAACAAACUUCUCAUAUAAAAUUACCUAAUAAAGUUAGUUAAUAAAUAAAGUUAAUAAAAACUUAAUAACCUGUAAAUAAGUUUCUGAUUUAAUUUUUUACAUCAAAUCACUUUAGGUAACAUCACCACAGUUGUCUGUUGCAAAUGUUGUAUCUUCAAAAUUGUCUCCAAACAUAUUGAAUAACUCUAAAGCUUCUGGUUCUAUUAUGCAUGGUACCCCUGUUUCUGCUGCAACUUUAUAUAUACCAUCACAAACAAAUCGGUAUUCUCAGUCAUCACAAGCUGCUGGAGGUUCAAUUACACAAGGCACUCCAGUUCACCAACGUAUGUUACAAAGUUCAAAUCAAAAUAUAAAUACAGAUUUUUAUCAAAAACGUAAUCCUCCACAACCUCAAUACCAAUCAAGACAGCCUCAUUUUAUUGAACAACGGCAAAUUAUUAUGAAUGAUUAUAUAACUUCUCAGCAAAUGCAUUCUAAUGUCGCUGCUCAAUUUCCUCGAGUACAAAAGACUCCAGUGACUAGUCCAAUGUAUUACCCACCAACUCGUCAAGGUGUAAUACAACGUCAUAAUACUGCUCCUAAAGCAACUUCUCCUCAAAGUUAUCCUCCAGGACACGAAGCACUGGGAUCGUUGGUUGAUGUGGCAAUUAGACAACCCAGCUUACCUGUUCCUUUGAAUCAUUCUGAAGAUCGACAUAGGGAACAAGAUCGUUAUAUAAGAGGGUCUCCUGUACCAAAACAACAUAUGUACAGAGAGCAAAGGCAUGAGCAAAUACAGAGAGAACGCGAAAUUGCUGUGCAAAGAGAACUUGCAGCAGUAGCCCAAAUAAGAGAACAGCAGCAAAGAGAGCAGUAUUUAAGAGAUAAACAAAUUAUGAAUCAUCGACUUACUCCUGAACAACAUUCAAGGAUGGUAGCCGCUUCUUUGCAACAGCAACAUCAACAGCAUCAGCAUCAGCAUCAACAGCAACAGCAUCAGCAGCAGCAACAACAACAGCAUCAACAGCAACAACACCACCAGCAACAACAACAACAACAGCAGCAGCAGCAGCAGCAGCAUCAACAGCAACAUCAACAGAGGCAGCAAGAACAAUCUCGAGUAAUGCAAAUACCAUCUUCAGCUUCGUCGUUUCAACAAUCAAGAUCAAACACACCUGUAUCUAGGCAUCAAGAACCACCAUCCAAUAUACAAAAGUAAAAUUAAUUCUUGGUUUUAUAUCAAACAAUUAAUAUUUAAAGUAAAAAUUAUAACUUUUUGAACGAAUAUUUAGUUUAAAAUAAUAAUGAAAGCCUUGACAAAUAUAACUUAUACAGAUAGACUGUGAUUUUUAUUUUAUGUUCAGAUGGGCUUAAAAGUAUUGGUUAAUGAUUCAAAUUAUGUCAUUCAUCUAAAUAUUUUUUUUUUUUUUACAAUGGCUUUUUAUUGAAAUCUAUGAUAGUAACAUCUUUGGUUUAAUAAUUUUCAUGGUUUUGCAUUACUAUUUUAAAUUAUAUAUUAAUUAUAUUUUAUAUCAAUAACUAAUUUAUAAAUUAAUAUUAAAUUUGGAUAUUUUUUAAAUUUGAAUUUUCUUUAUUUUAGUAGAGAUAAUGCUGCUAGUGGUAGAAUUUCAAGACAGGGUAUGGAACCUCAUGCUUUAACUGCAGCUAACUUAAUUGAUGCCAUUAUUACACAUCAGAUAAAUCAAAGUAAUGAUGGUUCUGGACAUCCCCCUAAUGCUGCUCCUGUAAACAAUCAACCACAUGUUCAACAACAACGAGCUGGUGAUAAAUUAUUUCAAGUAAGUUAUAUAAAACUGUCCUUAAUUUUAUUGUUAUAAACAGUCUUUCAAAAUAAAAAAAUAAUUGCAAGGUAGUUUCAUUGCAAUUGCAUCUGAAUACAAAAUAAUUUUUCAAAUGGAUUGUAACAGUUGUAUAUGACAAUUAAAUUAAACGUAUUUAUUAUUUACAAAAUUAUGCACAAUAACAAUGAAGUGAUCCACUGAUUACUGAUUAAAACUGAUAAUUAAAUAACCAAAAAUCUUAGAAUCAAAAAUCAAGAAUAUUAUAUUAUUAUCUAUUUGUUAAAGCACUAUGAAUAAAAUAAUCAUCCCCAUAACUUUUAUUAAUUGCUCACCUUAUUAGUUUUUUUUUUUUCAUAUUUUUCAAUUUAAAAAUAGCUUCAGCAGUGAGGCCAUCAUACCUGAUUUAAAAAUGUAGUUCUAUGCAUAUUUUAAUAGUUUGUUAAAAAUAUAUUUAACUUUAAUUAAAUUCCUUAGGCAUUCCCAGAGGCAAAUGAAAAACAAAAUAUAAAACCUAGAGCUAGUCCAGAAGUAAGUCGACCCGGAGAAUCAUAUCCUCCAGAACAUACAUUCAAGGAAUAUCCAUCUUAUAUGUUAACUGCUGGUUUUGAACCUCAUACAUGGAAAUUGCGUCGUGCUUUGCAACAAAAAGAAUUUGAACAACAAAUGAAAGAUGACAAUAAUCGUGUUCGUUUUUAUCCAAAUCAAGCAGAUAUACCUUUGUCACCUCUAGAUUAUGUUAAAAACAGGAUUGCUGAAGUUAUGCGAACUUCAGAUGAUGACAACAAAAAUGAACAGGCUUACACUUAUCCAUUUUCAGCAGCAAUCAAUAUGUCUGCAUCGGCUACUCAAAAAAAUACUGAAACUUCUGAUACAACAGGUAGUGGCGGUGGUUCUAUGUUAACAGCUCAGUAUGAGCCGAUGUCUGAUGAUGACUAGUAUUUCUUCCAUAACACAGGGUACAUAUGUGUUUAAAAAGAUUUUUAAGUUUAAAAAUCUAGUCUUUAUUUUUAUUUUUUAUUUGUAAAACCAAUUAAAUGACCUAUUUGCUUUUGCUUGUGAAAUACAGGUAACAUACAUGUCUUGGGUACAUUUAAAAUAAAUGUAUUAAAUGCAAUUGUACAUGUUAUGAAUUAAGUAAGACGCUAAGUAUUAAUUUAUAUCAGUUUCUUUUAAUUUUCAUUAGUAUACUUUAUAAUUUGCAUUAUGGUUUUACUUGUUGAAAUAUUGAAGUAUAAACAUUUUUAUAAUUUUUAACGUACUUCCUUUAUGAAACUAAAUGUUUGAUUGGUUGACACAAAGAAUAAUUGUAUGAAACAUUUAUAGUUUAUUUGUUAUUUAAUACAUUUAACCUAAUACUCGAUAGUUCAAUAUUAUUUGUACUACUAUUUGUUAUAUGUCUUAUCAAAAUUAUUAUUUUAUUGUGGAUUUUACAUUAAAUAAUUGUACUAUUUAGUAAUUUUUUUUUAAUUAAACCGUUAAUCACCGUAAACUUUUAUAUAUUUAUCUGUAUGUGUUAUGUAGAGACAAGUUAAUUGUCAUACUUGUUCACAAUAUAUUUAUUAUUUUACAUAAAAAUCUUUGUACUUUUAAAUUGGAAAAACAAAAUAUACAUAUUUCAAUAAAUUUAUAUUUUUCAGUUUUGUGAAUUGAAAGUUAAAAAUCUCAUAUUUAUUUUAAAUAUCUUCUUUUACUGUCAGACUCGAUACAAGCCUUUAAAUUUAGUUAAUUAUAUUAUUUAUGUACUGAAAGAUCGAUCAAAUGAUAAUUUUAUUGAAUAUUUUUCAUUUAUAAAUUUACUAUUUUAAUUUUAAAACAACUAUCAUUGAAUUCAUUUUACUACAUUCAUUUGUUCCCAUUAAAAUAGAUAUACUAUAAGUUUAUGAAGUUUUUAUAUAUUGUAAUAUAUUAUACAUUAAAGUUUUCUGAACUUUAAAUUUAAAUCUAAAUAUUUCAUUGUUGUUUUCUGUUUGUAAAUUAUAUUUUAAAAUUAAAUUAUUAAAUUUAUGUUGUUAUGGAAACAAAUUAUAUAUAGCGAAUAAAUAUAUAUUAUUAUUUGAAUCAGUUUCAAAUAAAUAAAAAGAAAUUAUAAUAAUUUUUGUGUCAACCUAUUAAAUUUAUUCAUUAUUAGUACUCAAUAUGUUACUAUUGGUUGAGUAACCGAUAAUUGUUAGAUGGUGUUAUAUUUUGUAUUAUUCAUUAAGCUUCUAUUUGUGUACAGUAAAACCAAUUAUAACUGUGUAUAUUAAUAUCUUAUAAUGUUUAUAAUGUGUAAAUUCCCUCCAUUAUACUUUUGUUCGUUUUUUUUUUUUAGGCAUCAAAAUGUAAAUAUUAGAUAUAUUGAAAAUAUUACUUUUAUAUAAGCAUUUUAUUUAUUUUUUAUUAUAAUUUUUUUUUAUUGUUGAACAUUUUUAAUUAAUGGUAAUUGUAAAAAACCUGCAAUAUUUUUAGUCUUGAAUUAACAAUAUUUGUAUUGUGUAAAUGUAGUAGGUAAUCAUAUAAGCUGAAGGACAUACUUUUAAUAACCUAACAGUUGUGAUAAAUAUAUUGAUCUAUUCUUAGGUAUUUGUUAUCCAAAUGAUUUAAUAAAUGUGAUGAAACAAAACAAUUUUUUGUCUUUUAAAUUCAAUUUGUUCUUGGGAACACCCCGUUUUGUCAUGACAUAACCCAUUUUCUAAUCCCGUAAGUCUAAAAACUUGGUAUUUUGCAUAGAGUUCUUAUAACAUUGUUUAUUGGUUUUCAUAGAUAUGAUAAAUUUUUUUUAUAUAGAUUUAUGGAUUUUUUUAGCCCCUCUCCCCCUUGAAUUUUGAUAUAUUAUGAUAUAUCCUUUAUUAGUGUAUGGCGUAACCUUGAAUCGCUUCGCUCGCUAACUGAAGUGUAAGCUCAUAACAUAUUUAAAUGUAAAAUUAUGAUACUGUUGAUGGGUUACUUGAAGUUAUUUAAUUUAUAUCUGUAACUUACGAUAAACCAUUGAUAACAAAAUUUGAAUCUGAGCAAAAUUCAAUUAUAAAUGUUUUGAAAUGUAAUAUUUCUGAUUUUUGUCAACAUUUUAUCUUAAAACAUUAAGAUAAAGAUUCU